AUUGGAACACAGUCCCCGAGUUGUGUCUAUGACGGUCUGCUAGCCGGCCGUCGUUGUUGUGAUGGUGACCGAAAAGGAGCAACUUUUGUCGGUCAUGUUUACCAGCUGCUGCCGCGCGUUACACGACAGCUGGCUGCUGGCGUGAGGUUGCCGCUCUGCGAUGGCAUCUGGACCAGGCUCGUCACCGAUGGCCCAGUCCAGCAUGGCCGGCAGCGGCGCUGACGGCUUCUUCCGAAAGCCCAAAGAUCUGGCUGGUUCCUCCAGAUACUACAGACCCCCCCGCUCACUCCCUGACGUCUGCCCUAAGGAGCCCACCGGGGAUGCUCGGGGUCUCUGUGAGGGUCCAUCGGUGGUGCUGGAUCAGCACCAGUGGACGGUGUAUAAUUCUAAAGUGAACCUUCCGGCGGCCCUAAACGACCCGCGUCUCUCCAAGCGCGAAUCCGACUUCUUCACUAAGACAUGGGGGCUGGACUUCACCGAGACGGAGGUGAUGCCUUCGUUCUACCUGCCCAACAUCACUGCCGAACACUUCAGCGCAUACCUGCAGGACACCGCUCAGAGGGAGAAAAUCCAUGAGAGGUGUAAAAAUAUUUGUCCCAGUAAAGACGAUCUCUCUCUCUCCAGCAUCACAAACAACCACGAUAAAGCCAAAGAGGAGCUUGAACAGGUGCCUAAGAUUUUCAUGAGGCCGGACUUCGUGCUGAACGACCCCGCCACCUUCAAUGCUGUGUUGCCGUGGUCACAUUUUAGCGUUGCUGGGGGGAAGAACAGUCGAGACGGUGCAUCGUCACGGUUACUGCAAGAGAAGUUGAGUCACUAUCUGGACAUUGUAGAGGUCAGCAUUGCCCGUCAGAUCUCUCUGCGCUCCGAGGCAUUUUUCCACGCUAUGUCCUCCCAGCACGAGCUGCAGGACCGCCUGCGGGAGACAGAGGUUGCCGUGGUGAAGCUACGGGCCCGGACGGCAGCGAUGCAGCGCGUGAUGUGCCGUGGGCCGCUGCUGGCGCUGAGGGACGCCGUGACCCGCAGCAACUGUGCAAAACUGCACGGAAAGCUGAAGCUGAUGGCAGCGGUGCAGCAGACGCAGCCCACGGUGCAGUUACUGCUGUCCACCUCAGAGUUUGUGGGGGCGCUAGAGCUCAUUGCCACCACCAAGGAGGUGCUGCAGCAGGAGCUACAGGGCAUCCACAGUUUCAGGCACUUAGGUUCUCAGCUGUGUGAGAUGGAGAAGCUGAUUGAUAAGAUGAUGGUGGCAGAUUUCACUACCUAUUCCAGAAGUGACCUCAACCGCUCUUUCGAGGACGACAGCCAAGUGCUAGAGAAGGACCGCCUGCAGUCUCUGGUGUUUGGUUUACUGAGGCAGAGGAAGCUGGAUUUUUUGGAUAUUUACAGUGAGGAGAUGAUGCAGUCGGCCAAAGGCAUCGUCAGACAGUGUGUGCUGAGAUCCGUGUCUCAGAUUGAAGAGAUUGACACAGACGCUGUCGUAAAGCUUCAGGAUCAGAUGAGGUUGAUGACGUUUGCUCAGUGGUUCGACCUGCUGCAGAACGUUUUUGAGCAUUUUGUGCUCUUCCUCACGAGGAUCAAGGCCACUCUCAACGUGAUCCGUAACGUCGUUCUGGAAGUUCUGGACAGCUGCCAGAGAAACCGACUGGUUGAUGCAUCUUCCGCGGCUGCCCAUGGCAACUGCGGUGAAAAUGAAGACGAGGACGAGGAGGAUUCUGGAAGCUCGGGUCUGCGUCCCGGAGAGGCAGAGCUCGCGUACCUCACGCAUGAGGGGCUGUUCAUCAGCGACGCUUUAAAUGAAGCGGAGCGCCGCAGCAGCACAGCCGUGCAGGCGAAAGCGCAGACGCGUGCGGAAACUUCCGGAAGCGACUCGGCCUCAGGAACCACAGAGUCGUCCUCCAGCAGAGAGCAAACCUCCAACACUACCUCCUCCCUGCCCACAGGGGGCACCAUCUCAAUUGAGGACUUGAUGCCAUCUGAUCUGGAGCUGGGCCGAGUGGCCAACAACAUCCAGGAGCUUCUCUACACCGCCUCAGACAUCAGCCAUGACCGCUGUGUUAAAGUCCUGCUGGCUAAAGCCAAGGACGGCUCUCUGGAGCGUUUGAGUUCUGCAGAGUUUGUGUGCGUGAGCCGUGCAGUGGAGGGUUUUGUGAAGGACACAGAGGCUCUGUGCUCCAGGCGCAGCGUCAGUCUGAGGGGGGCGCUGCAGAGCCAGGCCAACCGCUUCGUCCACCGCUUCCAUGAGGAGCGCAAAACCAAGCUGAGUCUGCUGCUGGACACUGAAAGGUGGAAACAGGCUGAGGUCCCGGCUGAGUUUCAGCACCUGGUCGACUCCAUUGCAGAUGGACACAUCACGCUGCCCGAACGCAAACCUGCAGGUACAGAGGACAAGAAGCCCAGUGAUUUCCUGCUGGUUGAUGGGCAGAAAUAUGCUGUUGUCGGGACGGUGCUGCUGCUCAUCCGGAUCUUUCUGGAAUACUGCCAGUGUGUGAAUGACAUCCCGUCCAUCACCACAGACAUGCUCACGCGCCUCUCAGACCUCCUCAAGCACUUCAACUCGCGGAGCUGUCAGCUGGUGUUGGGGGCCGGAGCUCUGCAGGUGGUGGGACUCAAAACCAUCACUACUAAGAACCUGGCUUUGGUGUCUCGCUGUCUGCAACUUGUUGUUCACUACAUCCCCAUCAUCAGAGCUCACUUUGAGACCAAACUGCAGCCCAAACAGUACAGCGUCCUGCGCCACUUCGACCAUAUCACCAAGGAUUAUAAUGACCACAUUGCUGAGAUUUCAGCUAAACUGGUGGCUAUCAUGGACGGUCUGUUUGAGAAAGUUCUGUCCAAGUAUGAAGUAAAAGCUCCGAUGCCAUCACUGUGUUUUCGUAACGUCUGCAAACAAAUGGCCAAGAUGCAUGAGGCUAUUUAUGAGCUCCUACCUGAGGAGCAGACACAGAUGUUGUUUCUGCGGAUCAAUGCGAGCUUUAAGAUGCACCUGAAGAGGCAGCUAUCUCGGCUGGGGGUCAUAAACGAUGGUGGUCCGCAGCACGGGCUGGUGGUGGUGGACGUGGCUUUCUACACAGAGAACGUUCAGGCAUUGCGCUCGCUAGAGCGUUUGGACUUGAACAUGCCAGAGAUCUGGGAGCAGAAGAGGUGAUGAUCCACAAUGAGGCCAUCAAGGGCCUUUUGCACCUCCUCUGUCGCCAUGGCGAACUGCCCCCGCCUUCUUCCUCCUGCUUCCUCCCUGAAGAAAAUGAGGUCUGAGGCCCUGCAGGAAGAGGGAAGUGAACACUGUUUGGGGGAGGCAGGGGGGAGAAAAAACUAACUAUUGUCAGAUACUGAAGAAAACGAAAACUCUUUUUACCUCCUAAUCCAGACGCUCGCCUGUGCUCCGGCAGCUUCCUGCCCCAAAAAGAGUGUGCCUCCCUGGGCUAGAGAAAACGGGACGGCCCUGGAACUGAAAACGUUUGGUGGUGGUGGCGUAAAACCUCAUCUACUUUAUCUACAGAAGGGCACAGCAGGGGUCAGCCUUUGGGGGACCAGAUCAGGAUAAGCUAAGUGUGGUUGAAGGAGUACUCUGGCAUUUUUCAACCUGAUCUCCAUUUGCCUGCAGCGUACACUAAAGCAAACAAUGAUUUCAACCCAACUUAGAAAAGAAGAGAAAACCCGUUGAUUCAAAAUGUCUUUAUAGUAUAAGCCAAUGGGCAGUUCCUAGAGAACAUACUUACAGUGGAAGCCAAUGGGCAGUUCCUAGAGAACAUACUUACAGUGGAAGCCAAUGGGCAGUUCCUAGAGAACGUACUUACAGUGGAAGCCAAUGGGCAGUUCCUAGAGAACGUACUUACAGUGGAAGCCAACGGGCAGUUCCUAGAGAACAUACUUACAGUGGAAGCCAAUGGGCAGUUCCUAGAGAACGUACUUACAGUGGAAGCCAACGGGCAGUUGCUACAGUACCUACUUUAUAAUAGAAGCCAAUGGUCAGUUUCAUGACAGCAUACUCAAAAUUAAACCCAAUGGGCAGUUGCUACAGGACCUAUGUACAGUUGAACCCAAUGGGCUGUUGCUUCAGCAUAUUUCAGUGUCUGCCCAUUAGCUUCUGUUACAAACGCGUUUUGAGUCGAGGUGUUUUGUCUUCUUUUAUAAGCGCAGGGAAAUUGUUGUCCAUGGUAACUGACCGUAUGCUACAGAUGUGUCACACAGAGAUUAGGUUGAAAGACACUGGUGUACUCCUUUAAUCAUUAGCAGGGGAACUCUAUGGUGGGAACCUUUUCGGUUUCGGGCUAAAGCUCAGUGCCUCCUCACGUGCUGACAACCCAGCACGACUCUCCACUUGUGUGCAAUUCUGUCAGAUGAUUAUUAUUAUUACUACUACUAUUAUUAUUGUUAUUGAAUGAAACAGAAUAAAUUAUGAUUUUCUUGACGUUUAUAUAUGAAGAAAUUUCAGGGGAUGCAAUGCAGCAGUAGUGCGCUGCUAGUUGGGUUUGGAGACAUAAAACUGGAUAACUUAUUUUCUUAUUUUCUACAGACAGGUUGGUUUUACUGAGUUUUUGUCUGUUCUCUUACUGUCUUAAAACCUCAUGGCCACUGAGAGAAAAAAGGCUAAAAGGAAGAAUUUUUAAGGAAGAGUGAAAUCAGCGCUAGAUCUGGGCUACGUUGGUUCAGAGUGGCUCUUUACAUCUGCUGUUUUUCCAACAUCAAAAUGACCUUUUUAACAGUCUCCGUAUUUUUACAGAGAAAGUUCGCUGCCUGACCCUUUUUAAACUGUUGCACUUCAGAGUGAUGUGUGAUGCUGUGCUGAUGGGGUGUCGUUCUCUGACCUCGUAAAGAUCUGAUUUGAUUCACUCUCCAGGUAGAGAUUCAGUUUGGUUCCAGUUCUUUGGGAAGCAGUUAAUCAUGAAAUCUCAAAUCUCAGUAUAUUUCGAUUCGUUUCCAGUUGCUGGACACAGUUCAGUGUAAAUAAUGAAAUUGGAAGUUUGGUUCGUUUAUGGAUCUGUAGGAAGUCGUUCGGUACAAAUCAUUGAUCUUAGUUUUUACCAUGAAUCAAGUCCAGUUCUUUAGAGAACAGUUCAGUGUGAAUUAGAAAAUCUCAGAUUUAUCCACCGAGUCUGUUUACAUGCAAUUAAUAACCUGAUUGUUGUCUGAUUAAUCCUGUGGUCAUGUAAACGGUAGGUUCUUAGAUCAGAGUAAAGCCUAGAAAUCCGAUAGAGCGCCGGAUUUUAGCUCAGCAAUCAGGUGGUUCAGUGCAUGUGAGCUCUUACUCGGAUUUCUUUCAUUUUUCUCAGUCUGCGCAUGGGAGAAAACAGCAAGCAGCACUUAACGCAGCACCCAUGAGCUGGCAACAGAACACUUUUGGAGAGAAGCUGAAACCAGCUACAUGCUUAGUGAAAUUAAGAGUUUGGAUAUUCUUCUUCUUCUUCUUCUUCUAGAUGAUGCAUAUUCAUGUUUUCCACUAACGUGACGCGAUGUUUAAAAAAAAAGAAAAAAAAAGAAUGACAUUUGAGUUUCACCAUACGUUUACGUCACGUCUUAUUCCGUGAAUUUAUUGGCUGGUUGUAAAGCAGAAUUCCUAUCACUGUCUGGCUCAUGUAGACCAGGAGUUAUCCCAUUAUCUGAUUGCGCAUAUGCAUGUGAACGGAUUUCUGACCAAAUCGGAUUUUCGCAGUUACCGGGUUAUUAAGUGCAUGUAAACUCGCUCCUUAUUCCAGUCGGUUCUGAUGCGUAAGAAAUUGUCCAGUGCAUCGUGGAACUCCGGCUUUCACCCUGAUUUGAUUCAGUUAUGAUUCUUUUGGAAAUGAUUCAGUGAUUCAGUGUGUUGUGACGUUUCACCCUGAUUUGGUUCACAGUUCAUUAGGAAGCAAAUCAACGUUACAUGAACCCUCAAAUUCCAGCAUGAUUCAAAUGAGUUUUGGUUCACUGGGAAGAAAUUCGAUGUAAUAUAACAUUUCAAAUGUGGUGGAAUAAGACACUAAAUUUAAGCACCUUAAGCAGCUAAAGGAAUUUUUUUUUUAUUAAAAAAAUAUUCGGAGGUUUUCACUUUGGCCAACGUAGGAGUGCAUAUUUAAUUGAAUAUCAUCAUAUUCAGCUAUAAUCAACUCCAUAUACUCCAUGUAUUGUAUUCCAUUGUUGACAGAAGACGUCUCUGAUGUGUUAGGAGAGAUUAAGUCAUUUAGAGCUUUAUUCCCUGUCCAGCUGUAACGUACCUUAAUCAGUCACCUGCUACCACCUUUCCUGCAUUAUUAUUGACCAGGGCCGCAUGAUGGGGACAUAUAGUGAUUAUAAGACUACACACCGCAGGUACGAUGAAUCAGUAGUGGGUCGUGGUUUAAAGAUCCAUCACUUUAUUAUUGUUAUUUUGACCAAAUUUGUCUUUUGUUGGACUGCAUGAAUUCAUCGGAACACUAACUCCUCCAGAGCUGUGAUUGGUCAGGAGAAAACACUGCGGCUGGUUAGAGGGCACGUCUGCGUCUUGCAGCCUGUUGUGAUUUCAGUAUUGAAACGCUGAUACUGUAAUAAUGAUAAACUGUAUAUUGUGCAGACCCAUUAGUGGCACAAGCAAGUUGUCCGAUUGCAAUUUGUCUGUUAUGUAAACAUAACGCACCAACCUUGAGUAGCUAAACCGCACUAAUGGAAAAGCCAGGACCAAAACCACGGCGUAGUAAAUCAGAUCAGUCUUAAAGGGGAAUUCCACCCAUUUUUUUCCCCCCUCAUUUCUGCAUUAGAUGUUUAAGAAGUAAACAGAGUCGUUCAGAGCGGUUUGGUGUGAAACGCCCUGUUCUAGAGAAACUUUCUCAGAGAACGGUUCUCAGUGGUGGUGAUAGGAACCAGACGUCUGAAGAGUUGAAUGCCUCUAAAAGCUCCGUCGCAGAAAGACGUUACCUGAAAUGGUUAUGAAUGCGUGGCCCGAUGGCUGAGACACAGUUUUUGGGCUAAAAGGAAUUUUUAAAAUCCAACCAUGACAAAGAGGGAUGUUGCAGGGUGCCGUACGGGGAAAUGUGACCCCUGGUUCCUGUCACCACCACUGUAAAGAAAUCUGAGUCCGCAAGUUUCUCUGGAAUGAACUGUUCCACAUUUAUAUUUCAACCACUGAACGGCUGCAGAAAUCUGGAAAAAUCAGUGGGAUUUCCCUCGGAAGCAAGUUAACCUGGCUGCCCUGACAUUAAACUCCAAUAAGACGACGUUGUGUAAUGUCUCGAUUACUCUGCUCUGCUAACAGUUCAGCCAGGUUAACGUACUUUUCGAAGUUAAGGUUGUUGUGUUCUUUUAAAAGCUGAAUUAAGGUUUUUCAUGCAGUCAGAUUAACCGGCGGGCAAUGAUAAAAGCAUUGGAUUGAUCACACAGUGGCACAAGCGUGUUCCUGUUUCCUGUGGUUUGAGUUACAGAGGUUUUAUUUUUUUUCCUGUUCUGUUUUGUUGUUGUUGUUGUUGUUGUUGUUGUUGUUGUUGUUUUUGGCAUUAGGAAAGGCAGUACAAGUGUCAGGGGUCACCUGGGGUCAAACUGCAGUGCUGUCUUCUUCAAAAGUGCCUACUUUUGAUUUCAUAUCAAAGAUUCCUUGCUUACAGCUGUGUGCAGGAUGAGUACAGCUGCCCACAGCUGUGUGUGCGUGUGGGUGUGUGUGUGUGUGUGUGUGUGUGUGGCCAGUUUGACAGAGUUUUUGAGGCAUGUUGUAAAACAGGAGGACUGCAAAGUGACUUUAAAUAAAAAGCCACCGUGUGGAAAAAGUCCAAACUGC